GCAUCGCGGUGCAUUUAUACAUGGCCGACGGCAUGCUUUCCGGACUGCUCGAGUAUGCCGAAGGAGGCCCUGGCGAGCAGACCACUGCACUCAAUCCGCCACCACGCGUCGAUCCCUCGCGUACUGGCCACCCCGAAACACGAGAAAAGAAUGCCGUCUACUGCGGAUUCUGCACGCGCGGACAAUACUACAUACAUCAGAGCUCCCUGGACCGGCACAUGCGAGACUGCGCCAUGGAGAAUGGCUACAUAGCGCGAUACUGGCGAGCAGCCGGAUGGAAACGGGAGCAACUGGAGCACGGCUACACCUGGGAGGGAGAUCUUCCGAGAGUGAAGCCAGGGCGAAUUUGUCUGCACUGCCAUAAGGUGUUCCGCAAUACUUUUGAGAUCGCUAAACAUCUCAAUAAGUUGAACGAUGGUGGCAAAGCGCGGGCAUUGUUUAACCGCACAUUUCAGUUUCCCGGGAAUAGCGUCCCACCGGCGGUGGAAAAGGUGCUCCCUUCAGCUCAAGGAAAUAUGGGCGAUGGCCAUUCAGCCGGAGAGGAGGAUCUAACGGCACUUUGUGGAUUCUGCAACCGCCGCAUCGUCGCGCGAACUGAGAAUCGCAUGGACCAGCAUAUUCAGAAAUGUGCGGUCAAGCACAAGUACGUCGCACGACAUUGGCAGCGAGCAGGCUGGCUUCCUGGUACGGCCCAUGGAAAGGGGAUGAUAUUCGAGGACGAUGUGGCCAAAGUUCAUCCCGAUCGGAUUUGUAGUGGCUGCAAAUUGGUUUUCAAGAAUGCGGCUGGGAUGGAGAGGCAUCAGAAGUACACGUGCACAGAUGUGCCCGAAAAGGCUGAGAAGCCCCGACCCCAGCAGCCUGCGCAGGAGACAGCAGUGAACCAAGAACGGCGAGAGUCGCCUCCUUUGGCACCUCCAUCGCGAACACAGCAGCCUGCGCAGGCGACGGCGUCGAGCAAGCGACCACGAGAGUCGCCUCCUUCAGCGCCUCCGUUGCGACCCGCUCCAGCUGUGAUCGACAAUUCAGCCCUGACCCAAGAAUGUUUCAUUGAGCGACUUGAGUACAGGAUCAAUCAAGUCCCUUCGCCGGAAGUCACGGAGCUGCUUAUCAGACUCGCCCGAACGAACAAAGACGCAAGAGCAAUUCCCAACGCACCACUACUUCCCAGACGAGGGCAAUUCCCUCAAUCUGCUGCCGAGCGACCAAACAAACUGCUCAAAACCGAGCCAAUGCGACCACCACCACCACAAGCACAAGUCCAGGUAGGCGCCUCUAGACCGCCAGCACAUCCAUCUAUCGGAGCCGAAGGCUCCGCUCUUUCAAGACCACCUCUACCCCGACCCGCCGCACCAUCCACCUCCUCCCAAGUUGCCUCCCAACAGAAACCCUCAGAAGACCGGAAAGAAUCUGUCCCCUACCAAAUCUGUGAGCGCUGCAACCUAAAGUUCGAUCCCGAAACCAACAACCCUUCACGCUGUGCUCGCCAUACGGGCGUCAAGCGAGUCCGAGCGCAGGGAGAUCCGGUGUCGUGGGCUGAGUAUAACGAUCCGAAGUUACAGGCGAGGUUUUAUUGGGCUUGUUGUGGGAGGAGUGGGGACUCGGUGGGGUGUGCGAGGUGCGCGCAUGAGCCGAGAGAGUGGAAGAAGAGGAAAGUGCCUAGUUGAAGAGAUCAUAAGAGAGGAUGUUGUCCUGACGCUAUUGGUGAGGCCCAAUUGUCGGACUAGAUCUCGCAGCCGUUGGAUAUGCUCAUUGUCUCCGACACUCGAACUCAUGGAUGGAUCUGAGAUUCGAACGCAAACAUCGGAUAGUUUGAACCCAUUACUGGACAACGAUGCCAAAGCUCUGACU